GAGCGCGCGGCAUCGACAAUAACUAGCUGUAAAUUUAAAAAAGAAUUCGGCGACCAUCACUUUCGGGAACGCGUUCGAUUUUCGAAUAUCGAAUAACCAGCGAUGACUUUUUGACGUUUAAUUUUUUUUUAAAUAUCGCGGCAACGGCGUUCUGUCUUCCAAAUUGACGACAAUAAAUUUUGACUGAAUUAUUGAUACUGUCUGAUAAUAUUAAAUAGAGUUAGGGGUGUGUGUUUUCGUGGCUAGACCGGGAGAUCACUGCAAGAACAACAGGAUGUGGUCAUUUUGGCGCGCGUGGAGUCUUCUAGUGUGCGCAUGUGUUGUAGCGGCGCAGCGUAUAGAACAGGAGCCAUUGCUUUCCCCCCGACCGGCUCGCGUCCGGGACCGGGAUAUGGGGAAACCGGAUGAACCUACUUGUGAUCAGUUAAAAGCUAUGUGGAGGUUUUCGAAACGUCAGGCGCGCGCUCCAGAGAUCAUGAAUGAGGUCAGCUCGUACCGUGACCCCCUGAUGUACAACGAGUGGCCGGUCUACACGGCCAUGCCCAGGGCUGCGCCAAGGUUCAGAUACCAGUACCCGACACUGCCCCGCGAAGCCUACGGCCGGGUGGUGACGAAGGCGCCGCCGAACGUCGUCCGCACCCCCGACUACGACGAGAUGUUCGGCAUGCUGAAUGUACCACACACCUCGGGAAAGAUCCUCCGGUACCCAGGGCCUUCCAGACCCAGGCAGACCUUCAUGGUGCCUCCGCAGCGGGACAGAUUCGAGGCUCUGAAGAAGCUGAUCAGACAGGAACACGUGCGUGAGCUGCAGAGGAAGUACGACACCGAGCAGAAACAGGAGCUGAAGGAUAUAGCCUCGGGACGAAGCGAUGACUACGUGUAUGGCAGCUAUGGGGAGCAGGAGCCACGUGGUCUUCAACCACUGCAAGUUGAAUACUCUGCCGAUGAACCAACUGGCCGACACAGCAAGAAACCGCCAUCAGGCAGUCGCCAAGUGUCCCAGUUCUCUCGUUACUCUGAUGUGAUGCUGCCGCCGGUUCGCCGCACAUUCUACCACCCCUACUUCGACUAUGCAGCCCCUGAAUACCUCCCCUACGUGUAUUGAACUCUCCCUACCCUUCACAAAUAAAGGGUACUAUGUACAACGUUCUACGAGAUUUCGGAAGGAAAUAACACCAUAUCGAAAUCAUAUCUAUCGCUUUGCUUGUCCAUUGACGAGAGCUUCAGCAUAAACUGCAAUAUUUUUAUAUUUAUUAUCCAUUUUCUAUGUAGAUAUUCAGUCUUUAAUAUACCCCCUUGAACAUUCGCAUUGUAUUUUUCGAUAGGUUUAAGAUUUGUAUCUCCUUUAGUCCAAGGGGUACAUACUUCCAAAUGCGACAAUAAUACGCAUUCGUAUACAAAUUCGAUCAAUUACGUAAAGUAGAUAACCACCGUCAAUUUCCUAAAAGUUAAUUCGACAAUAAAAUUUGAGACAAUUCGAAAUUCUGACAAUAAACUGUAUAAUUAUGUGUGUUUUACAAUUGGUGUUUUUUAGAAUUUAAGAGCAAAUACUUAGAAUAUUAUCUGUUUAUGAAUAAUUACUUAAAUUAAAAAAAAAUUGGCAUUGGCAAUUUGUUUCGGUGAGCAGUCGGCCAAGUGUUUCCAGCUUUUCGCUUCGAUUUCCACGCUCUCUGACUUUUUAAGAUGACAAUUUAAAAAAUAUAGUUUUACUUUUUAACUUUUGACGGGGUGCAGUCCGAGCCCGACGACCUCUGAAUCGAAGCGAAGUGUUUCUUCCCUCUCAAUUUAUUGUGAAAUAUUUUAGUACUAGAUACUUGCUCAUUUUUGACGUAGAUAUAAAUAAAUGAUUUACCAUUAUUUUUAACUCAUUAAUAUAAACUUAUAUUAAAUAAUUUGUAAUUAAUUCGUGUAUUUGUGUAUGUUGUACGCAGACUGUUGUAUUGAAAAUGCAAAAUAGUGUCUUUAAUAAUUUAUUUGUUUACUUGACAGUAUAAUACUGACUUAUCCUGUAUUGAAUAAUGCUACAUGAAUACCUAGGCUGAACUAUCUGAAUUCUACGUAAACGUAGUAAAUUUAUCCACAAAAUAUAUACAUAAUUAUUGUUGUGAUUAGUCACUAAGUAAAUAGAUAUCAUGUAAUUAUAAUCUUCAAAAGCCUUCGAGACGGCUAUGUCGGUUUCGGCUGUGUGUGAAGCUCACAAAAAUACAUUGUGUUUCAUGCGAAACACCACGGAAAAUUUAUUUCACAACCGAAGCUUGACAGAUAAAUGCUUUAACUACAUUUAAAUGUUUCAUGUUUAUGUAAUAGUUAAUUGUAAAUUAGCGUUUGGCGCGCCUCGCGCGGCUUAUUAUUGUGUACUAAUGGAUCUUAGACGUAGGAUUGGGGACAGCCUGUUGUGGUAGGGUUUCAAGGCGGGAAGAUAUCGAAACAUUAGUAAAUGAAUCGGCAAUAUAACAAACAUACCUUUUAGUAUUAUAAAAACAAUGAACAUUGUUUUAAAGAAAAUAGUCGUCAAUCUCCUCGAUAAAGUUACAAAGAAGUUUCGAAACUUCAUAAGGUUAUUAUUAUCCAAUCCAGCCAGCUACAAUGUUUACGAACAAAUAUUUACUUAAUAUGAAUGGAUUCGCACUGAAAGUGAAGGCUGUAAUUCUAAGAAAGUUGUUACCUAUUUGUGUACUAUACAUAUUUAUUAUUAUAUUUAAUCAACUAUCGACUUAAUAAGUAUCGACGCAAAAGUCGACAUAACCUCACAGACUAUAAAAUUUGGCUUUAAAAUUAUAUAAACACAUGUAUUAUGGCUUUAUGCGAGUCAAUGAUCAUUAAUCUCUAUUUAUUAUAUUAUAAACGGACAAUUGUAGAACAUGUCCUAUCCUAAAUGUUGCGCAUUAGCGAGAUAUCUAUACAUAUUUUUAUUUAUAUAUAAUUUUCUAACAAUAUUAUGUAGAAUUUUACAAAUUAUUUUCAUUGUCUUUUGAAAAUGUCAUUGAUAGUUAGGUAGUUAGUGGAUAAAACAUUGAGUAGUGUUUAUUGAAAGCGUAUUGCAAUUUAAAUAGGUGUUUAAUGAAAUAUGAAUCAUUUCUGUAAGUGUAGAAUUCGUAGUUACAUAUCUAUACGAUCAUGAAGGUUACAAUGCAAACAUAUAAUUAACCAUAUCAGUAUUAUUAUUAAUAGAAGUAUUUUAAUAAUUACUAAUAACCAUCUGAAAUAUCUCAAUAAUAAUAUUUUCCCCAGAAUUUAGUAAGUGAUAAAAUAGCAACACAGAUUCCAUAUUUUUAAAUAAUCACAUUCAAAUUUUAAAUUAGAAUCCAGCCAUUAACUUUUUAAAUAGGUACCAAGUAUUUUAUCGCCUGCCAGGUAAAGACUCAUUCAUACCAGCCAAUUGGUAGCAAUACCUUCGUGAAGGAAAAAAAAACAUUGGUGAAAAUUAUUGGAUGGUAUAAGACAAUAAGAAAAUAUAAUGUAGCUACUAAAAUGGACGUACGUAUUAACAGCGCGGCCAUUUGACAAUAAUUAUAUCUAAUGACAAUAAAUUUUGUGUCAGACUAUUUGCGAUCUUAUGUAUUAGGAGAUGAAGUUCUCUUAGACCGCGCAUAUUUUUAAAAUAGUUUUACAAAUAACCUAAUAAUAAUUAAUGUUUUAAAAUGUAUA